UCUUUCUUCGCUUCACUGCCUUAAACCCACACUACUAUACUUUUUCUCCCUAUCUCCUCUUCACAUUCCAUUUUACUUUCCUGGGUUUUUUUCCUCAGUCCCUAUGGACCGUACUGACAAGCAUCAGGUUCAGCACCAGCAAUUGUCCUUGGCCAAGAGUGCUAGGCAUCGAUGCAAUGAAUGGAUUUUUCGAGAUGUACCCAGCGAUAUUACUAUAGAAGUGAAUGGAGGAUCAUUUUCGUUACACAAGUUUCCUCUUGUCUCUCGAAGUGGGCGAAUUCGGAGGUUAGUUGCAGAACACAGGGAUUCUGAUAUCUCAAGAGUGGAGCUUCUGAAUCUACCAGGAGGCGCUGAGUCUUUUGAGUUGGCUGCAAAAUUCUGUUACGGUAUUAACUUUGAGAUUACAUCUACAAAUGUUGCUCAGCUCUGUUGUAUGUGUGAUUACCUCGAGAUGACGGAAGAGUUCUCAAAAGACAACCUCGGUUCUCGUGCUGAGGAAUAUCUGGACAGCAUUGUUUGCAAGAACCUUGAAAUGUGCGUUGAAGUCUUGCAGCAAUGUGAAAACCUGCUUCCUCUUGCUGAUGAGCUGAAUAUAGUUGGUCGCUGCAUUGAUGCUAUAGCAUCAAAAGCCUGUGCAGAGCAAAUAGCUUCUAGUUUCUCAAGGUUAGAGUAUAGCAGUUCAGGGAGGCUACACAUGAGCAGGCAAGCAAAAUGCGAAGGUGACUGGUGGAUAGAAGAUCUUUCUGUUCUAAGGAUUGACAUGUAUCAGAGAGUCAUAUUAGCCAUGAAAUUUCGCGGGGUUCGUCCUGAGAGUAUCGGUGUUUCCCUUGUAAAUUAUGCCCAGAAAGAAUUAACGAAGAAAUCCAGCUUGUGGAAUCCUUCUAGCCAGACUAAAGUUGAUUCAAAUUUGACAGGGCAUGAAAAGCUUGUGGUAGAGACAAUUGUCAGCCUCUUGCCAGUUGAGAAAAUUGUUGUUCCUAUCAACUUUCUUUUUGGGCUAUUGAGAAGUGCAGUGAUGCUUGACUGUGCAAUUGCUUGUAGACUUGAUCUUGAAAGAAGGAUUGGGUCACAGUUGGAUGUUGCAACUCUUGAUGAUCUUUUGAUUCCAUCUUUCAAGCAUGCAGGGGACACCUUAUUUGAUGUUGACACAGUUCAUAGGAUUUUGGUAAACUUCUGUCAGCAGGAUGAUAGUGAAGAUGAUUUAGAAGAUGCUUCUGUUUUUGAAUCUGAUAGCCCUCAUUCACCUUCCCAAACUGCAUUAGUCAAGGUGGCGAAGUUAGUUGACAAUUACCUUGCCGAAAUUGCCCCUGAUGCAAACCUGAAGCUUUCUAAGUUUAUGGUCAUUGCAGAAACCCUACCAGCACAUGCACGGACUGUUCAUGAUGGGUUAUAUAGAGCAAUUGAUAUAUACUUGAAAGCUCAUCAAGGCUUGCCAGAUUCAGACCGGAAGAAACUGAGCAAAUUGAUUGAUUUUCAAAAGCUCACACCAGAAGCUGGAGCACAUGCUGCACAAAAUGAGCGCCUUCCUAUCCAAUCAGUAGUCCAAGUUCUAUAUUUUGAGCAAUUAAGGCUUAGAAAUUCUUUAUGCAACUCCUAUGGGGAUGAUGACCCCAAGCCAAUGCACCAGUCAUGGCGCAUAGGCAGCGGUGCACUAAGUGCAGCGAUGUCCCCAAGAGAUAAUUAUGCAUCUCUGCGACGAGAAAAUCGAGAGCUAAAACUAGAGUUAGCCAGGUUAAGAAUGAGAUUAAAUGAUCUGGAGAGAGAGCAUGUUUGCAUGAAGAGGGAUAUGGCAAAGUCUGGUUCCCGUAAAUUUAUGACUUCUUUCUCAAAAAAAAUUGGUAAGCUUAGCCUUUUUGGACAUAGUUCUUCCAGAGGAUCAAGUUCUCCUUCCAGAAAUUCUCAUAGAACAGACUCAAAGGUCAUUGAAAGAACCUGUGCUAGCACAGAAUAGGUAAAUGUAACUUGACUUCUUGUUUUUUCAUUGUACUCAGUGCGUAACUGUAAACUAUGCUUGUUGUGACAUGUUCACUUCAUUUUGUUUAUCUUUAAUUUGUUCCUGUCGGCCACCUUGUAUAUUAGUAUGGCCUUUUUUGCAUAACUAGGAGGCUCUCUCGAUUGCAAGAUCAGUAUUCUGGUGGUUGCUGCAGUAGUUUGCUUU